UCCUAGCCAGUCCCGUCCCCCAUUCCCUUCCCAAAUCGCUUCACCGAAACCCGCCGCCGCCACCGCCACCGCCACCGCCCACCUCCGCCGCCGCCAACCCGCCGCCCACGCGGGCCUUCCUCGCCGGCGCCGCCGCCUCCGCCGACGUGCGCUGCGGCCCACCUUUGCUUCUUCGUUGACUUUCUUGCCGUCUCGCCGCCGCCGCCGCCAUGGCCGACCUCGCCGACGAGGAUCCGCCCGUCCUCCUCGACCGCGCCUCUCGUGCCACCCGUGGGAAGAGGAUAACCAAGCUCCUCGAAGAUGAGGUUGAGCAGGACGAGGUCUUCUGGAAUCAGGACGCCCUCAAGGAGGAUGAAGAAGAUGACAACUACGAGGAAGAGCAGGAUGCUGGUGAUGAAUUCGACAGUGAUUUUGGUGAAGAUGAGUCGGAACCUGAUGAUGAACCGGAAAAGGAAGUACGUGAGAGAUUACCUAUCAAAAAGCGACUCAUAUUCCCUGGGAAGACUAUGAAAAAAAUCAAUGCCAAGAAGAAGAAGAAGGUGGUCCCAAAGCUGGAAGAUGAUUCCAAAACUGACAAGUAUUCAGAUCAGCAAAGUCCAUCUAAGCAAACAGACAUUCCUGAUGAACUGGAGACCGGUGAAAAGACCAUCAGGAAAUCAACUAGAACAUCUGUCAUCGUCAGACAAGCUGAGAGGGAGGCAAUACGUGCUGAGAAAGAAGCAACGAUGAAGCCUGUUAUUAAGAAGAAAAAGGAGGGAGAAGAAAAGCGUAUGACACAAGAAGAGAUGCUGUUGGAAGCAGCUGAAACAGAGAUCAUCAACCUGAGAAAUCUUGAACGUGUAUUGGCAAGAGAGGAGGAGGUUAAGAAAAAAGCCGUUGUUCAUAAAGCUGUUUAUGAGGGUCCUACGAUUCGGUUUUGCUCAAGAGAUGGGGAGUCACGCUUGGAAUUCAUCAACGGGGCAUCAUUUGGGUCAGAACUUUGUACAACCUCAGCUCCUUAUCCAGAGAAAUCUAUUUGUGCUGUAACUGGACUUCCUGCCAAAUACCGUGACCCAAAGACGGGGUUGCCAUAUGCAACAAAGGAAGCAUUUAAAAUCAUCCGAGAAAGUUUCCUGAAAGAGGAGGCUGACAGGAAGAGGCCCAACUUGGCGAAUAUGGGAGAGCUCUUUGAAUCAAUAACAGGAGAAUACUCCACACCCAAGAAGAGAAGAAUUGAGGCAAGAUCACCCAGCAUCUCAUCAGACCAAAGGCAUGGAGGACGCUUUCGACGAAUACCUGCUCUUGAUUUGCUGGACGAGGACUGACCGGAGAUCUCUUCAGGCUAGUAGAUAUAUUGUAGCGACGCAGUAUGAUGUUGAUCCAGUAUUCAGAUGUCAUGUAGCAAACUGUUUAGUUUUACCAGUUAAAAUCGUUGAUGUUUUAACUGCAAAUAUUGAGCAAACACGAGACGGCGGUAUGGGUUUGUCUGGCCAUGUUAUUUUACAUCUCAGAAGAAGGGGGACACCCAGCAAAUUGCAUGAUAAAUUUGCUACAAAUCAAACAUCUUGCAAAUAGCAGCAUACUAUUAUUACUUCUAA